CGUGGGUUUACACAGAUGAGGGGGCUUGAUCCUGUACCAUACCGGACGUUGGUACUGACGUUACCUUGCAAGUGACGUUUCUGUAUUCGUUUUGUUUCAAAUGCCUUUCAUUAAUAGUAUUAACGUUAAUGGUUCACGUAAAUUGUCUACUCGCCUCGGUUAGAUUACCUAGCACGGAACUGACGGGAAUGUUUUAAUAAUUCACCUCUCGGUCCAUUCACUGUUCAGUUUCGCAUCUCCAGUUUCUUCCUCCGGUUUUACUGGGUGGUUUCAGCUUAGGGAGUUUGUUGCCGGUCAUGGCAGGGGGAAUUAAAACGGGAUUUGUGCGUCUCGUGAACAAUUUACAGGAUCCGCAACAUGUCGCGCACUUCCAGCGGCUGUGCGGGGUUCGCGGGUUGGAGGCGCGUGAUAGACUCAACGGGGCAUCCUGCCUUCGCCACGGGGAUAACGUAAGUCAAAACGGAGGCGGAGAUGGCAUCCGUCGCAGAGCAGCAGAAACCGAGACAGACCAGGAGAAGCGCAAUAACGGGGUGGCGAACGGGGCGCCAGCGCGUGAAACCGUUAACGACCGGUCAUGGGAUGAACAGGACGGGUCCGAACAGGAUUGCGCUCGGGGAUCCACGGUAAAGCCGAUGCGCAGAAACUCUCUCACCGGAGAUGUCGGGCAGGAGUUCCUAAUCGAGAACAAACUUCUCUACUGCCUUUUCAUGCUCGGUACCGAGCUUGGUAACGAACUCUUUUACAUCUGUUUUUUCCCCAACUUCAUGUGGAACGUGGACGCGUUUGUGAGCCGGCGGCUCGUCGUGGUGUGGGUGUGGGUCAUGUAUCUUGGACAGUGCACGAAAGAUGUGUUCCGGUGGCCGAGACCCGCAUCACCGCCAGUGGUCAAGGUGGAGAUGUUUUACAACUCCGAGUACAGCAUGCCCUCCACUCAUGCCAUGUCCGGUACGGCCAUACCGUUGUCCCUAUUCCUGAUCACCUAUGGCCGGUGGGAGUACCCUCUUCUGCUAGGAGUCUCUCUGGCCAUCGUCUGGUGUGUGCUGGUGUGUUUAAGUCGCAUAUACAUGGGAAUGCACUCCAUACUGGAUGUCAUUGCUGGUUUCCUGUUCAGUUUGCUGAUCCUCUUGAUCUUUGGACCUGCUCUGGACACCAUUGACACAUUUAAUCAGACCCAUCCCUACGCACCAGUCCUCAUCGUCUCGCUCCACCUGGGACUGGGCCUCUUCUCCUUUACGUUGGACACCUGGAGCACCUCUCGUGGCGACACCGCCCAGAUCCUGGGCUCUGGGGCGGGUAUUGCUCUGGCAUCCCACCUCAAUCACAGAUUGGGCCUGUUGUCAGACCCACCCGUGUCGAUGCUGCCGCUCCAGCCCCCCGCUUUCACUCUCAGCAUGAUCGGGCUCUGUGCACUCCGCUUCCUCCUCGGCGUGAUGAUUCUUCUGGUGACCAGAGCUGUGAUGAAGGCCCUCACCAUCCCACUCGUGUGCUGGGCUUUUGGGAUUCCGAGCAAUGACGUUCGGAAAGCCAGGCAGCACAUGGAGGUGGAGCUGCCGUAUCGAUAUAUCGUCUAUGGAACUGUGGGGUUCAAUUCACUUUUCCUCGUGCCUUUUGUGUUUGCACACAUAGGUCUGUUGUGAUGACGUGGAAAAGACAUCCAUUUAGGUUUCUGCCAAUAUGGACUCCCGAGGCCUAUCCCAGUCUGUGAUUGGAUUAAACUAAUGCCAGUCAUGUAACACUGUGCUUUCACCUUGCAGAAGUUCCCCUGAUCUGAAUCAUAAUUUCUGUUGAUUUAUACUGUGGUUUAACACCCGAAUAUGGUGUUGUCCUCGACUCGGAGAUUAUUAGCUUUUUCUAUACAAUUUACAUUGCAUAGUAUCUGUAUGAUUUAAGAUUAUAAAACCAAUUUUGAUCACUAAUCUUAUGAACUUUUGUAACUUCAAUAUGCCUGUCAGAAUUAUCAAGCAAUACAGUGGUUUGUGAUAUCUAAUAUCAUUUGUGAUAUUAAUAAUAGAUGCUAGAAUAGAGCUUGUUUCUGCCACACUGAGUUUCUUAGAAGGACUUAAACUCUUGCAUCAAGAGUUUAGAAAGUAGCUCAGGUUUGUAUGUGUUUUUUAAAGCAAAUGUGUAUGGACUGCCCACUUUAUCUGUCAGGUGUGACCAAUGCAAAUUAGUGUUUAACUAUCUGCAGUAGAUUUACUUUAGCCGGCAUCAACAUUUACAUUACUCAGCAUUACUACAUUACUCUGGCCAAAAUACUUAAAGAAAGUCACUGUACAAAACAACCCCGGCGUGAUGGUUUGCUGUCAGGAGCAGCAUUGAUGUUUUUCGAAUUGAAGUUGAUUAAUUUUAUCCGGACAUUUAACCUCUGAUCUUAUGCAGGUUUGACUAUUUCUCCAAAGACUUUUACAUCUCCAAAACACUUUAAUGAGAGAUUGCCUUAACAGACCACUCAAAACUAGUGUCUUGAUGAGGUUUGACCCAUACUGUGGGUUAUUUUGUUUUUGAAAUUGCACUAGUGAUUUCAUUUCAGGUUAUAGUAACUUUAAAUUAGUUUGUUAAAUCGACUGUUUGUGUGGGAGUCUUGUAAUUGUUUAUCUGAAAUUUCUCAUUUUGCUUCUAUUUGUAUGUUGCUGCUUUAAAUUUGGUACGACCUGCUUGAAAAUAAGGAGUGGAUUGACUAAUAGCUUUUUCAUUUUGUGUGGUGAAACGAAGUACAUAUCAGAUAAUUGUCACCUUUUGAUAAUCAAUGUGUUAAUGCAUAGAUGUAUAUUUUGUACUGUAUUGAAAUGCACUGUUCCCAGAAUGCACUGCUCUGCUGCCUGCUGUUCAGGGUGUUUGGCGGUUAGGUUUGUGAGACACGCCAGCGUCCUUGUGUUUUUGCUCUUCCUGUGGCCUUGUGUGUCCUCACAUACACACAAGUUCCUUUUUACCAAAAGGGAAGGUGGUUUCCCAGUUCCUUUUGUAAACACGAUUGUUUUAUGAUUCUCAGAGUGAUGAUGAAAACCGUGAUUCUACCAAGCAAGUUUACAUUAAGGGCAGAUCUAGGAUGAGAACACGUGUAGGAACUUAAUACACAAACACUUUCCUGUUCAGUGGUGACCGUUGUUUCCUGGACCAACUUAUAUGUUUGUUUUUGCUUGUUGAUGUCCGUAGCUUUUAGCGUAUUUGGAGAUAGUGACAUUGAACAAAGAGAAAAAUAAUAAAAUUUUGUUUGACCAAAAACAAGUGCUUUCAAAAGCUGUAAAUACACUACAUUGUAAAUUGUAGGUCCCACAAAUUCCUGCUAUUCACACAGUUCUAGGCAUUUCCUUCCCCUGGCAUGUUGGUUAUCAAUAUUUUUAUAAUGCUUUAAGCUUCCACUGAGACUGCCUUAGUCGGAGAUUGUUUUAAAAUGUCCUCGAUGUCAAAUUCAGAUGUCUGCAUCCCCCCAGAUUUACCUGUUAGUCUUAAACCAAAUCCAAUGGAAAAAAUUAAUAUUUAAGAUGUUUUAAGUAUUUUUUUUAUUUGGAUUUCUCUGGGUUUUUACAAAAACGUGUGUAGCAUACUCUACUGCAAAUAGAUACCACAUAGAGAUAACACACAGUGCCUUUAAUGUAUGUGCAAAACCUUUCUUCUGUGAUGUUUGAUCUUCAAAUAGAUUUGUUUUAUUUUAUUUAAAGUGGAAAUAUUCUAAAUGAAAAUAAUUGCUGCUCUGUCCAUACUGGCCCGCAGUCAGUGAUUUAUAUCCUGUGUUUUAAACAAGCAAAAAUAAAGUUAUCAUUCCAUGUACAA